CCGCUUCCUGGAUACUUUAAACUGUCAAACGAAACAAUAGUGAAGGUGCGAGGCUGAUCAACAUCUGCUGUCAAAACCCUGCAUAAAGUCAUGAAUUUUAACAUCGGAAAUAAAGGUCAGUGAGAGGUCAGACAGUCAUGGAGGACUUCAGGAGGUCGUACCUGAGGCUGUGUAAGGAGGGAGGAGUAGAGGCUCAGGAGUCGGUUCUGGCUCAGCUGCACGACUCCAGAGCGCUGCCCGGCGCCUGCAGACUGGACCUGAGCGGUCAGAGCAUCACCACGGACUCCUGCGGCGUGCUGGGAAGAGUCCUGCAGGGCGACGCCGUCUUCACCGAGGUCCUCCUCAGCGACUGCAUGCUCAGCGAGGAAGGUGCCAAGCUGCUAUUAAAUGGGCUUUGCUCCAACACCACAGUCAAGGUUUUGGAUCUGAAGGGGAACAACAUGAGAGGAACAGGAGCGGAGGCUUUGGGACAGUUAUUAGUGAGGAACAAGACGCUGCGCAGGCUGGUGCUGGAGUGGAACGCUCUGGGGAUGUGGGAGGAAGGCUUCGCUGUGUUCUGUGAAGGUCUGGCCUCCAGCGCUUCUCUGACCCAGCUGGACCUGCGCAACAACCAGAUCAACCACCAGGGAGCGGCGGAGCUCUGCGUCUCCCUGAAGAGGAACGGCACGCUUCAGGAUCUGGAUCUCCGGUGGAAUAACGUGGGUCUUCUGGGCGGUCGCUCUCUCCUGGAGGCCCUGCAGCAGAACCGCUCUCUGAUCAGACUGGAGCUGGCCGGAAACAACAUUCCCAGCGACACGCUGCGAGCCAUCGAGCAGUCCGUGAGCCACAGCGCCGAGCGCCGGUCCAUGCUGGGAGAGAGCCGCAGCAGGUCUCAGGUGCUCAGUAAAGAGAUCCAGCUCCUGAAGCAGGAGAAGAGCCGGCAGUUCCUGAAUCUGAUGGAGACCAUCGACCGACAGAAAGAUGAGAUGGGAAGAAGCAGCAGAAAUUCCUCCGUCCGUCUCGGUCAGUUACAGGAAGCGCUGAGUGAGCAGAAAUCAUCUAUAAACUCUCUCACAGCCAAGCUGCAGAUGACGGAGGCGGCGCUGGCUCUGUCGGAGCAGAAGACUCAUGACCUCGGCGAGCUGCUGACUCGAGUCAAACUGGAGAAAGCCGAGCUCAGAGACAGACAGUGCAGAGAGAUCAAGAAAGAGCAGGAGGACAGCGCUCUGAGGGAAGCCAAGCUCUUGAAGGAAGCCAGCGCUCUGUCAGAGAAGAACCUCCAGCUUCGGAACAAGCUGGACGAGACCGAACGCAGAUGUAAAACGCAGCAGGAGCAGAUCUUCCAGCUGAAACAGGAGCUCACGAACACCAGCGCUGAGCUGAAGCUGCGUCUCGCUCAGACCGAAGAGCGGCUGGAAAUGGAGAAGAGGAGAUCCAAGCAGGCGCUUGAAGACCUGGACGGUUUACGACAGAAGGAGGUGGAUCAUCUGACGAGACACCAGGAGGACAGCGAGAGAGCUCUUCAAGAACGCAUCCUUAAACUCGAAGGACAGCGCAUCCAGUUAGAAGAAGAUCUGAGUCGAGCGAAAGCGUCUCUGGUGAGCGAGCGAGCUCAGGCCGAGGAGGAGCUGGGGAAGGUGCGGGCUCAAGUGCGUCUGGAGGAGCGGCAGCACCUGAGCGCUCUGGAGGAGAAGCUGAGAGCGGUCCGUCAGUCUCGAGACGAGUCCCAGAACCACUGCACCCAGCAGAAGCAGAGCAUCGCCGAGCUGCAGGCCAGAGCCGGUCAGCAGAGCAUCGAGGCCGACUCGCUCCGCCGCAGGAUCCACGAGCUUCAGCAGGAGCUCGCAGGUAAAGAGCAGGAGAAAGUGUCUGAAGUGACUCGAGUCCGAGUGGAACUACAAGAACAACUGGGUCAUCUACAGGCCGAGAGAACGGCCCAGGGCGGCCUGAAAGAGAAGAUCUCCGCUCUGGAGAGAGAGAUGAAGGUUGUGAGCGCCGCCCACAGAGAGGCCCUUCUGGACAAAGAGAGUGAGAUCUCGUCUCUGCUGGAGCGUCUGCGCAUUCGAGAAGGAGAGAUCCAGCGCAUCCGUGAAGACGAGGCCCAGAGAGCCAGCUUCCUCCAGAACGCCAUCCUCACGUACGUCCAGGGCUCUCCUCUCGCUCACUUCAGCCCCAAGAAGUGACUAACGGCGGUGCGGCUUUUUUACUGAAUGAGAAAAAUACACCUUUUCUUGCUGCAUUCAGACGGUUAUUUGCAAUCAAGUCCAUCCAAAAUAAAUGUUUUUUUUAACGUAAAAUAUAUUGUGUGGGGGGGAAAUAAAUAAAUAAAUAUAGUAAAUCUAUAAAUAUAUAAUUCAUAUAAAGGAUGCAUAUGUAAGCAAAAACUUAUUUUGGAUGCAAUUAAUCAAUUGAAUGCAAAAAUGUAUAAGUGUGUAUAUUUGAUUUGGAAAAAGGGGAAAUAAGGAAAUGUAUUUUCAAAACUUCUUAAUUUUAAACAGUUGUUUUUUUUACUAUAAUGAAUAUUUACUUUUAUUAAAAAUGUUGGAUCUUUUAUAUUUUAAAAAUACCCAGUGUGCCAUAGUGACCUUCAAUCCUCUUAUAGUACGGCACUUUUUGUAUAUUUUAAAAUGUUUUGUACUGUUCGAGUUCCCUUUCCAUUUUUCUAACGUGUGUCUGUGUGUCUGUGUGUGUGUGUGUCUGUGUGUGUCUGUGUCUGUGUGUGUGUCUGUGUGUGUGUCUGUGUGUGUGUGUGUGUGUGUGUCUGUGUGUGUGUCUGUGUGUGUG